CCCCCACACUCUCGUCUCCACCGAAACCGAGAUGGCGGCCACCGUCACCGUCAAGACUCCCGCCGCCGCCGACACGGCCACGCCCACCCCGCCUCCAGCCAUUCCCGGGGUAAGAGUAAGACUGGCGAAUGGUUAUUGGCACCUGGAUUUCCUUCACUCAUAUCACAGCCUGCAUGUGUGAUUUUGUCUCAUCGUCAUUGUUCAACGAUGAAUAUAUGCAUAAAAACCGCUUGCAAGCGUUUGCUCAACGGACGCGUAAGAAGUUGCCGAUCUACAAUGUUGAGGUUGAAGGCGAGUAUCAUCAACCUAAGUUCAGAUGCACAGUGGAUGUGGGCGGUGAGCUGUUUUCAUCAACUGGUAAUUUUAAUCGCCGCAAGAAAGCAGAGCAGGAUGCUGCCAGAGUGGCUUAUGAGAUAUUGGUAACAAGCAGAAAGGGUGAUGUUAAAGAGGUGUUUGCGCUUAUUGAUCAGGAUGUGGUGUUCUGCAAAUCAAUCCUUCAUGAAUUUGCUGUAAAGACAAAAUCCACUUGGCCAUCUUACUCUGUAGUUAGACUAGAAAGGCCCAUGACCCUGUUUGUUGCAUCCGUGGUGUUUGAUGGGAAUACAUAUACUGGUGAAGCUGCAGCCACCAAGAAGGAUGCAAAGCAGAAAGCAGCUCGUGCUGUGAUCAAGUCAAUUUUAGCUACAGAUAAUGCUUGUAUGAUGGAUAUUAUUAGAUCGAAGAAAAAGCUUAUCACUGCCAUCACAUCUUCUGGAAAUAACAUAGAUACAGGAGCUGUAAACCAGGAAACCCACAGUACUCCAACAAAAACCCCAACUACUUUUGCUCCUAUAAAGUUUACGGGCCCUGUUGAAUACACAACAUAUGGGGGACCAGAUCAUGUAGCACCUGAGUCACAAGAUAAAUCUUCCUCGUUAAUAGCUGUUCAAGGAUACAACAUUGUACCAGCAGUUGAGCCAUCUGCCAACCCAUCUGCAAAAGCUGUAACUAGCUCAAAUAAGCGCAAGGGCAGAGUUGAAGAAGGACCAAAGGUCGAUGAAGCAAGAGUUGCCCAGGAGCGUUAACAUCCCACCCAUCAACUUAAGGUUUGCAAAGGUCGGCCUCAUCUGUGGUACUUAGGGGUGAUGGAAGUGACUGGUUUGCUGACAUGGUGCUGUGUAACAUGUGCGUAUCUUCAGUAGGAUGUUCAACGGACGUUGGAUUGGCAUUUCGUUCCUAUCGUUCUAGUAGGAUGUACUGAAUUCCUCUCUCCAUGUUAGGAUUUCUGAAAGUUAAACCGGUUAAUAUGGUGCCCAACUCAUGCCUGUGUAAAGAUAUGUCAAUAUGGUGCCCAACUCAUGUCGGUGUAAAGAUACGUCCUGAGUCGGAUCAUCGAUUGUUUGGCCUGAGUCGCUACAUGAUAUUCUUGGAAGAAGCAAGUUUCUUGUGCUUGCGUUUCUACUCAA